UUAGAGAUCCGUCCGCGCGCCCCCGUUCCCAUGUAGAUGCCGUUGACAACAGUUAGCACCUAGCUGCUAAUAAAAAGUUACAGACCGACAAACAGGGCGAUUAUUUCUAGAAAGCAGGGUCAUCUCGCCAUUGAAGUUUUACAUUAUUGAAUGUCGUUCCGUAUUAAAUUCUACCAGUCAUCAGGCUACGCAUUAAAGCAGGUGCUGAGUUUUCCUUGAUUGUUACGGGUUAGCCUAGCUAGCCUCUUUAGCUUCUGUAGCUAGCUGGAUAUCAGGUGAACUGAAGUUUCAUUGUUACCAGACUAAACUGAAAUCAAAGUUUGGUUAAAGGGAAGUCUGACAUAAACUCAAGAUGCAGGAGCUACUGGCCAACGUGGAUCACAUAAAGUUUGAUCUGGAGUUGGCGGUGGAGCAGCAGCUCGGGGCUCAACCGCUACCUUUCCCCGGCAUGGACAAGUCUGGAUCAGCGGUGUGCGAAUUCUUCAUGAGAGCUGCCUGCAUUAAAGGUGGAAUGUGUCCAUUCAGACACAUCAGCGGAGAGAAGACGGUGGUGUGUAAACACUGGCUCAGAGGACUCUGUAAGAAAGGAGACCAGUGCGAGUUCCUCCAUGAAUACGACAUGACCAAGAUGCCUGAGUGCUACUUCUACUCCAAGUUUGGUGAAUGCAGUAACAAGGAGUGCCCAUUCCUGCACAUCGACCCUGAGUCAAAGAUUAAAGACUGCCCUUGGUACGACCGUGGAUUCUGUAAACAUGGUCCUGACUGCAGACAUCGGCACACCAGGAGAGUGAUUUGUGUCAACUACCUGGUCGGUUUCUGUCCAGAAGGGAAAUCCUGUAAAUUUAUGCAUCCUCGGUUUGAGCUGCCGAUGGGAGCGUCUGAACAGCCUCCUCUGCCUCAGCAAACACAGAACCAGACAAAGCCUGUGCCAACAAUCGGGCGCUCGUCCCUCUCGCUCAUCCAGCUCACCAGCUCCAGUCCUGGUCAGCGACCUCAGAACAACACACCUAUGGGAAUGGGCCAGCAGAACAACAUGAUGGGUAAUAGAGGGCCACGCCCACUCGACCAGGUCACCUGCUACAAGUGUGGUGAAAAAGGACAUUAUGCCAAUAAAUGCACCAAAGGUCACCUCGCUUUCCUCAGUGGACAGUAACCCGCAUCGCCUCUGCUCUUCCUUGAGGUGAGAAGGGAGAGAAGGACUUGAGGGGCAAGGUUGUCCCUUGGCAGACUGAUGGUUUAACGUAAAGAAGAAGAAACGGAGACUGUGCCUGUUCAGUGACUUUUUACUGAGAGAGAUCAAAGACAGAGCAGCUCUGUGACACGAUGGAGCUUCAUUCAAGUGAUUCUCCUCAACUCUGGUCAUGUGACUAUCAGUGACAUCACUGCAGUGUCUACCUGUUCCACAGUGUAAAUGUGCUGUCAGUGAGAAUGUAAAUAAAUGUUUAUACUAA